GAGAAUAAACCUGUUAAAAUUGUGUGAGUUACACAACUGUCAUCGCUAACAAAAUUAUGUAAACCCCAUAGUGUACAAUUUGGACCACGAAGUAUUCUGCAAUACGCAAACUCCUCACUUUUUGUGAUUUUCGUGUGUUUCUAUUCGAUCGUACGUGGGUUGAUGAAAGCAUAACGGAAUGGUAUGGAACGCGUGCCGUUCGCUUUGAACGUGUAUCACUACGCCCGAGGUCGGGAAGGAGGAUCACCUCUGCGACUCUAGUACACAAACAAAAUACUUAUUGUAGCAGCCGUUGUAUGCCGUGAAGUGGAGUAAAUUCUUUCCCUCAACAUUUGCAAUAGAAUGAUGCUGAAUGCAGCUGCACAUUCGCUGCUGGCGCAAUCCAGUUCGCGAUUCCUAAUGAGAUUAUCGCGGCACUACCAACAUUGGGCGCUCGGCUGUACUGUAUGUUUUUGUCGACAAGAAUCGCAACAUUUCUCCGGUCGACAACUGGCGCGGUUCCGCGGUACCGCAUACCGGUUACACCAACCGAACGUGCGGGCCAGCAUCUACGAUGGCAGCGAAUCAUAUUUCGACCUUGCACCGACUUGUACCGAUCGCUGGAACACUGGCUCCCCGUUUUACCGCUGUUACUCCUCUGACCCAAAGAAGGAGAACCACCGGUAUGAGAUUGCUGUAAAAUCGGUUGAAAGAGCCGAGCUGUUACAGACUGUGCUGUUGAAAAACAAAAGACUGCUGCAAGAAAAACGCGACGUUCUAGUCCGCGACAUCCGAGAACGGAAGGAAAAGGUAAAGGAGCGCGUAGAGGAGGUGAUUGAACGUGAAAACGUGGCCACCCUACCGAAUCUACUCUGCAUAGGUCGAAUUAUUGCUUCGCCCUACCUCGGCUACCAAAUUGUGCAGGGCGACUAUCGAUUCGCCAUGGCAAUAUUGGUUGUGGCGGGGCUCACCGAUCUCGCAGAUGGCUGGAUAGCGCGUCAAUGGCCAAAUCAGGCGUCUCGGCUUGGCUCAUUUCUCGAUCCCAUGGCAGACAAAAUCCUAGUUGGUUCAAUGGUUAUGGCAAUGUCGUACGUUGGCCACUUGCCCAUCUGGUUAACGGUGAUGGUGCUGUUUCGGGACGUUUUUCUCAUCGGCGCUGGGUUCGUCAUCCGCUACAUUAGUCUCCCGCAACCACGCACCUUGUCAAGGUACUUCGAUGUAACGCAUGCUACGGCUCAACUAGCGCCCACCUUCAUUAGCAAACUGAACACUGCCGUGCAACUAGUCAUGGUGGCCGCGACGCUUGGUGCUCCGAUCUUCAGUUACAUCGGUCACGCAUAUCUGCACGGGCUGUGGUAUCUGACGGGAUUCACUACUGUUGCAGCAGCUGUGAGCUACCUCACCAACAAGGAUACGUACAAGAUACUGCGAAAAAGCCGCUAGUGACACCAAACUACCUCAUAGGUUGGUAGGCUUUGUUUAGCUGGAGAUUUUACUGCGUUAUCUUUUUUUCAACUAUUCCAGAACAGUUGUAUCGCUGUUGAGCAUUUCUUUUUAAUUUAUUUAAAAAGAAAUAUAAAAAAAUCAACACAGAAUAAAAAUUAUGAUGUAUUUAUU